AUGUCGUUGUUCAAGAGCAAGUGGAAAACGAGUUUACCACCACGGAUUUUCAACCUGACACCGUUUUUGCUGGACGAUCCGUUUGCGUUUAAGCAGAUGUUUGGGGAACAAGUGAUAUUUUAUGUUGAAACUACCGAUUCCGUAAAUCUGAAACCCCGUGAUGUUUGCUCACUGGAGAGUGUGACGACUUUCAACCCCACGGUACCUGUGAUCAUCGUCGUGACUGUGACAAAUCACACAUCGGACCGGCUGCCGUUUUACAACAGCACUUCAUUCCAAAGCUUGAUGAAUAACACGCAAAACCUGUACGUGGCCUGGGCAACAAUUCCUGAUAUUGCAAGAGACACGAUUUUGGAGCAAUUUUUGUUCAACGACACCAGGAUUCUCAAUUCGGAAUACCGCCCGGCGCACGUUUGCGACUUUGUGAGAUUUUUGCUGCUUUGGAAGCUGGGCGGUGUCUACCUGGACUUUGACACUAUAACUUUUAAGAGCCUUGCAUCAGUUAUGAAGCUGAAAAAUUUCCUGAUUGCAACAUUUUCAAACGGUAUUUUGACCCAAGCGAUGGGAUUUGAAAGACGGAACCGUUGGGUGGAACUUCUGAUGAACUGCACCAAGAAUGAAUAUUAUUCCACGUUAUACCCCAUUGUACCAUACACCGUUACAUCCGUUCUCAGUAAAAUUUUUAACAUUUCGUUUAACGAUCCAGGAGCAGCUGACAAUAUUAACAGCCAAGUGAACGAAUCAUUGCACAUUCUCGGCUCCGAGAUUUUCUACCCGUUUGAUUAUGAAAAUAUAAAACUUGCAAUGGUUAACAGCAGCUUCAUCGGGUACAUGGAAAAAGCGUUCGAAACACAUUAUGGAAUCCAUACUUUCAACAGAUUGACGGGGCAUUUACGUGUUGGGGUGAAUUCUUCAAAGCCGUUAGCUGUGGUUGCAAGAAAGUUUUGUCUAAGAACCACAUCGCUUGCCGGAACACACAUUUAAGAAACAGAAGAUUAUGAAAUACAUCUUAAUAACGUAAAGCACUAUCGAUUUUUUCUUAUCUUCAUAGAAGAGCAAUUAAAUAUAUGUUCCAAUCGAUUAGAGGUACUCUAGCAUAAUAUUAUAGA